UCAUACCAAAGAUCAGACAAAGAAGCAUCGAUGGAGGACGACGCGCCGGCGAUGGAGAACGGCGAGAACCUCAUCAGCUCCUUCUGCGAGAUUACAUCGUCGUCGAGAGACGAAGCCAAGUUCUUUCUCGAGAGCCAUCAAUGGGAUCUCGACGCUGCUGUCUCCACCUUCCUCGACAACGAUCCCGUCUCUUACGCCGCCGGCGAGCCGAACCCUAGCGCCCAUCAGCUUCCGCAGCCGUCUGCUCCUGCUCGGGCUUCGUCUCCGUCACAUUCGCAGUCUCCGGGGUACUCUCCCUCGGAAUCUUCGCCGUCGCGGUCGCGAUCUCCGUCGCCCGAUCGAGGCGCGCCGUACCUCCUCAGAUCGAGGCGCGCCGCCUCGAAGCACCAGGCGGAAAAUCCGGAGGGAAGCCGGAGGACUAGGAGCAGUCAGCGGAGUGGGAACAUCCGUACGUUCACUGAUCUGAACCGCUCGCCUCCUGACGGAGCCGGGAGUGAUUCCGAUGAUGCGGAAGAGUACUACACCGGUGGAGAGAAGAGUGGGAUGCUUGUCCAAGAUCUGAAGAAAGCUAAAGAUGUUGAUGAGAUAUUCGAUCAAGCGAGGCAUUCAGCUGUAGAAAGACCCGUUGACCCAUCGAGAUCAACUUUUAGAAGCUUCACUGGAACUGCGCGAUUAUUGUCUGGAGAAACGGUUUCAUCUUCGCCUCAGCAGCAGCAAGACCAGCCUCAAGUGAUCAUGCACACUAUCACUUUCUGGAGGAACGGCUUCACUGUUGAUGAUGGUCCAUUAAGGAGGUUGGAUGAUCCGGCGAAUGCAUCCUUUUUGGAGAGCAUCUCGAGAUCAGAAUGUCCUCAAGAACUCGAGCCAACUGACAGGAGGAUCCGUGUCCAUGUUGACCUCAUCAGACGUGAAGAAAAUUUCACAGAACCACGAAAGGGCCAGGCCCCUCCACCACCAUUCCAGGGUGUGGGAAGAACCCUAGGAGCCGCCAACCCGCCGUCCUCUGGCUCCACCACUUCGGAGCCACCGGCUUCCCCUCUCAACACCGCACCACCUCCGUCAAUGGGCUUAGUGAUAGACCCUUCAGCUCCAACGACCUCCAUUCAGCUCAGGUUAGCCGACGGCACACGCCUCGUCUCCCGCUUUAACAUCCAUCACACUGUCAGAGACGUCCGAGCCUUCAUAGAGGCGUCCAGACCAGGCGGGAACAGAGGUUACCAGUUGCUGACAAUGGGGUUCCCACCUAAACAGCUCGCCGAUUUGGAUCAGACCAUUGAGCAGGCGGGUAUUGGCAACUCUGUCGUCAUCCAAAAAUUUUAGCUUUUUUUUAAAAAUCUAAAAAAACCCCCAACUUGCAAGUUAAUUCAAACUGGACACUCUGGUAUUUUAUGCAGUUGUACUUUCUUUUUUCGCAUGUGGUGUUACUUCUUUUCAUCCCACAAAUCAUGUGUGUGGCUAUGUUCCUCUGUUUUUCUCUGGGUAUUGAUUUCAAUUUUCGGAGAA